UGAGACGGAUCAUAUUAAGGCAAGCAAUAAGUGCCUUAGCAGGAAGAACGUGGGUUCCACAAACGCAAAAUCUGAUUCUAAAUACUUGCUUGCAAUCCACUGCCGGAUAGAAACAUUUGACGUGAAAGCAAAGUCUACAAAAUAAACCAAAAAAAAAAAAACGAUAAAAGCGUAGAAUACGCGGCAGUCUGUUGUGAUAACACCAGCGCAUUUCUUAAACCCCCUACUCCCUCUGCCCAGCUUGAGCUGAACAGUUCUACAUCAGUCAACGCUACCGGUCACCCACUACCUCUGCUCCAGCUACAACAAUUUCAAGGUCCUCAGGGAGUGGUGUUAUUGGAUGCAGUGCCAGUGAAUGAACAUUAUGGCCUCUUGCAAGGCCUCUUUCACUAUUCUUUUUCUCUAUUUAUUCCUCAUCGGCCUUUGGUUUACAUAUACAUGCUCUGCUGUUGAAUUUGAAGCCAACCCGACUGCACAAUUGCUUGUUGAUGCCUCCGUUUCUCGGCCUAUACCUGAGACACUCUUUGGAAUAUUCUUUGAGGAGAUAAACCAUGCUGGCGCUGGUGGGAUAUGGGGAGAGCUUGUGAACAACCGAGGUUUUGAAGCCGGGGGCCCUAAUAUUCCAUCAAAUAUUGAUCCUUGGUCUAUAAUUGGUGAUGAGUCAACUAUAAUUGUAUCUACUGACCGCUCUUCUUGCUUUGAGCGUAAUAAGGUCGCUCUACGAAUGGAUGUGCUUUGUGACAGCAAAGGAAGCAAUAAUUGCCCAGAUGGUGGGGUUGGUAUAUACAAUCCCGGAUUCUGGGGCAUGAAUAUAGAAGAAGGGAAGACCUAUAAAGUGGUUCUUUACGUUCGCUCCUUGGGAUCAAUCAAUAUAUCUGUCUCAUUGACAGAUUCAAGUGGAUUGCAGAUCUUGGCUACUGCCAACAUUAUAGCUUCUGCUUCUGAUGUUCUGAACUGGACAAAGGCAGAGGUUUUAUUGGAAGCCAAAGGAACAAAUCAUAAUUCAAGACUUCAAUUGAAAACAUCCCAAAAAGGUGUGACAUGGUUUGAUCAAGUGUCAGCUAUGCCCAUUGACACUUACAAGGGGCAUGGUUUUCGAAAAGACCUUGUUCAAAUGCUAGUAGAUAUUAAACCUCGAUUUUUCAGAUUUCCAGGUGGCUGUUUCGUUGAAGGAGAAUGGUUAAGAAAUGCAUUUCGCUGGAAGGAAACAAUUGGACCAUGGGAGGAGAGACCUGGGCACUUUGGUGAUGUUUGGAUGUAUUGGACUGAUGAUGGCCUUGGUUAUUUUGAGUUUCUUCAACUAUCAGAAGAUCUUGGAGCAUCGCCGAUAUGGGUGUUUAACAAUGGAAUCAGCCAUAAUGAUCAAGUUGAUACGACCAGCAUUUUACCUUUUGUGCAAGAGGCCCUUGAUGGUAUUGAGUUUGCUAGAGGCGAUUCUAAUUCUAAGUGGGGUUCUGUUCGAGCAGCAAUGGGACAUCCAGAGCCUUUUGACUUGAGAUAUGUUGCAGUUGGAAAUGAGGACUGUGGAAAGAAAAAUUACCGAGGAAAUUACCUCAAAUUCUACGAUGCUAUAAAACGUGUCUAUCCUGACAUCAAAAUAAUCUCAAACUGUGAUGGAUCUUCUCAUUCUUUGGAUCACCCAGCUGAUUACUAUGAUUUUCAUGUUUAUACAUCUGCCAACAACUUGUUCUCUAUGGCGCAUCAAUUUGAUCGAACAUCACGCAAGGGUCCCAAGGCUUUUGUGAGUGAGUAUGCUGUGACUGGAAAAGACGCUGGCACAGGAAGUCUUUUAGCUGGACUUGCUGAAGCUGCAUUUCUUAUUGGGCUGGAAAAGAACAGUGAUAUUGUUGAAAUGGCAAGCUAUGCACCACUUUUUGUGCAUUCCAAUAACAGGAGGUGGAACCCAGAUGCAAUUGUAUUCAACUCCUCGCAGCUAUAUGGAACUCCUAGCUAUUGGGUACAGCGCUUCUUUAUGGAUUCAAGUGGAGCAACUCUUAUCAACACUACCCUUCAAACAAAUUCCUCCACUUCACUUAUUGCAUCUGCAAUUAUUUGGCAGAACUCAGUGGAUAGUAAAAAUUAUCUGAAAAUUAAGGUUGUGAACUUUGGGAGCAGUACAGUGAAUCUUAAAAUUUCUAUUGAUGGAUUGGGGCUUAAUUCUAUUCAGCUGUCUGGAUCUACCAAGAUGCUACUCACUUCCGCUAAUGUAAUGGAUGAGAAUUCCUUCAAUGAUCCGAAGAAGGUACUGCCUACCCUGAGUAUGCUAGACCAUGCUGGCAAGGACAUGGAUGUUGUACUUCCACCAUAUUCUUUAACUUCAUAUGAUUUGUUAACAGAGUCGAGCAAUAUCAAGAUCACAGGAACUGAUUCUUUGUCCAGAUCUUCUAUUUAAAGGAAAAAUACAUUUGGUUCGAUAUUAUAUGGAAAAAACAAAAUGUUCAAAUAAUUAUCUAGGGCGAGUAUAUUUGCCUCCGACUUUGGCAAAGCUGGCUAAAUUUAAAUAAUGUAAAUAUAUGUAUGUGAAACUUUCUUCAAAUCUCAAGCCUUUACCACCUGCCA